AAAAAGGAAGAAUUGUGUUGGUCUUGUGGCUGGACGCAGUAUGAUGAGCUUUUUGCCAGUUACGGAUCACGGAUUCGAAUUCGCCAUACCCGUGGUACCCUCGGAAUAUGGGAUGUUGGGUCGCGAUGGAUGAUACGUGAUCAGCCGAAUGAUGCGUCAGUUGGCAACGACUUCAUGACUCAAGAGUUUCUUCGCCAACAGCCUGGGCUGAAAACCCCCAUCAUCAAGGAGAUGAGGGUACUUAGUGAGCCAACAGAUAAAGUAGUUCUGACAUUAAUGUCUAGAGUUCAAGGCGUAUCGCUCAUGGAUGUUUGGCUAACUCUUCCUCCGAAAGAAAAGAGAGGUUAUGCUGAUCAGCUUGGUAAGUGUAUCACAGAGUGGAGGAAGUUUACGUCUCCGAUCGCUGCGAAGGUCAAUGGUGAGCCCAUGGAUGAUUUAAUGUUCGGUUUCUGCAAGCGGCGUAGGCCUCCUAUGUGUAAGAAAGUUGGGUUUACAAACGAGGAGUGGUUUAAGAAUCUUGAACCAGAGCUUCGGACUGGACUAUCCUCUAUCCAUAAGACCAAGGACCCACUCAUCAUAGAAGAGAAAUACCAGGAACUUAUAAGAGGGUCUCCAAAGUCGGAGCCCUACGUUCUCACACACGGAGAUCUGAAUACAAGCAACAUCUUGGUAAAGAAUGGAAAAAUACAGGCGAUUAUUGACUGGGAAAUGGCGGGGUAUCUUCCAUGGUGGGCGGAACAGUACCUG